AUGAGUGAUCAAACUGCUACACCAUCGGCCACGCCAAAGACCUUUGUGGUCGAGCAUCUGGAUCCAGAGCUGGGUCCUUGGUCGGCCUUGGAAUAUGGCAGCAUUGCACGCGAGUCGCAUGCAGUCGGGGCAAGAUUUCUUCUCAGUUCUGUACCGGCCUCUCUCCAAUUACCAGAUGACUUGGCCGCAACGCCUGGUCUCGAGGUUGAGCAUCGCAGUGUCGAGGAGAUUUUUGCGGAUCGGAAGGCCAAGGUCUGCCUGCUGGACCCAGCAGCUCAAGCUGAACUGAGUCCCGAAGAUGGAGACAACUUCGAGGUCUUUCUCUUUGGCGGCAUUCUGGAUCGUACAUCUGAAUUGAGAAAGAAAGGCUAUACCGGCAGGCGGUUGGGGCCUCAGCAGAUGACGACCGAUACAGCUGUCCGAGUGACACGCAUAGUCGCCCAGGAGAGAGUACCCCUGGAAAAGAUCCAGUAUAUUGAUUAUCCCGAAAUCAUUGUCAGUGAACAUGAGCGGACUGAGAUGCCAUUCCGUUACGUGAAGGACAAAGAUGGUCAGCCGAUUAUGCCAGAUGGAAUGGUUGAUCUCAUCAAGAAGGACGCGGACAAGGGCGUGGGCGACCUUUUCUGA